ACACCCGUAUUGUUCAUGAAAAGAAAAAAACUUUUUCACAACCUGUCUCUCUCUCUCAAAACUGAACGCUAUGAUGAGAUCUAUUCGCACAGUUUUUGCUAUUCGUGUCCCCUCCCGUUUGCGACCCUCGUGAGCAUGAAGCAGAUCAGGAAAAAAAAGUAUCACUCCACGAAACGAGCGCAGGUGCGUGCUAUCCUCUUCACCGUAGACGAUCUUCGUACGUCCAGUGACGUCACGGCGCCGCGGCUCCAGCCGGAGGUAAAAGCCAAAGUGAAGACCGACGUCAAGGUCUCGUCCGCCGUGGGAGUGCCCCGCGCGUCCCGAGCCUUCUUGGGAGGCCCCCGAAGGCGCCGUCGCCGGCCUACCAAGGACGAUUCGGAAUCAGGUCAUCACCCGUUGACGAGCCCUCGUCGCGCUCACCCGGCGCGACAUGUGACAAGCCGUCAGUCAAACCAGGCUCCUCCUCCUUUGACCCUAAGCCAAUCGCGGCGCCAUCUGGAGGCCCGCCAUGCACGUCAAGCCGCUGCGCUCCGAGCUGCGCGUGGAUGUGUCGGGGAGGGGCACGCCGCCCGGGGCCGUCAACGGCGGCGGGCGCCGCCCCCUCGGCGCCAUCGCCGGCAACGCGCUGAGGGGGCGGGCCUGCCCGCCGCCGCCGCUCUCGCUUUGUCCGGCCAAAGACGAUCCCGCCGCCUUCCUUGACAUGUGCGCCGUCAUCAAGCCGGGCCACGUCCGCGAGAAGAUCGCCCUCUUCGCUCCGGACUCCGCCUCCGUCCGCGCCCCCUCGACCCGGGCCGGGAAGGUGAAGAGCAGCCGGCGGGAAAAUGGCGACGCCAAGCGACGGCGGAGGUCCGCGGGCCACAAAAACCUCCGGCGCGACGCCGGCGCCUCGGACCGGAGUUGGGCGGAGGGGGCGGAGCCCAAGGUGUCGGUGGGCGCCAUGGUGGCGUUCCUGGAGCGGCGGCGCCGCAGCGGCGGGCGCCACGCCGGGCUGCCCCCCCUGCCGGAGGACCCGGAGAGCGUGCGCGUGUCGGACGUGGUGGCCAAGCUGGAGUGUUUGCAGCGUCGCGACGGAGGGGGCGCCUUCACGACACCGAGGAGGUGGGUGGGCCGCCUCCUGCUGACCGCCGGUCCCGCUGCGUCCCCUCCGGCCGACGCUCGCCGCGACGACCCGACCCAACGCUCCCGGUCGCCCCCUGCGGGCGGCGCCGCGACUCCGGAGACGCCGCCCUCGCUCGGGGAGACCGAGCCCCCUCCCGGGUUGCUGUUUCUCUCCGCGCCCUCGCCGCCGCCCCCUGGCGUCCGCUGGUACGAGUCGCAGGCGGAGGCGGCGGCGCCCGAUGACUUUGCGCAGACGAGGCGGCGGCUGGGCGAGCUGCUGGAGCCGCCGGCCACUUUGGCGACGCUGCCGCAGGACGUGCUGGCGGGCGUCUUUGCGCUGUUGCCCACCCGCAGCCUGGCGGCCCUCAAGUGCGCCUGCCGCUACUUCAAGUCGCUCAUCGAGAGCUACGGCGUGCGGCCCGCCGACUCCCUGUGGGUGUCGGACCCCCGCUACCGCGACGACCCCUGCAAGAAGUGCAAGCGGCGCUACGGGCGCGGCGACGCCUCGCCGUGCCGCUGGCACCACAAGCCGUACUGCCAGGCGCUGCCGUUCGGGCCCGGCUUCUGGCUGUGCUGCCGCCGCCUGCGCCGGGACGCCCCCGGCUGCAACGUGGGGCUCCACGACAACCGCUGGGUGCCCGCCUACGUCGCCGGCUGCCGCGGGAGCGCCGACGACUGAGCUGCGUGGCAACCCCCCCCCACCACCACCACCCCCUCCCUCUUCCCUGACUUUUGUCGGCUGAGGAAGGAGUCUCGGGCAGGACUCGCUUCCGCAACUGGAAGUCGCGGCUCGGGCGGCCAUUUUACAUUUCUUUACUUUGUUUUUGGGGGAGGGACGCGAUGUUUGUUUACGUGUACAUAAAAAUGACUUUUAAGAAAGCCAAGUUGGUGUAUUGAAGAUGCUGCAAUAAAAAGACCGAUUAAAAAAAAAA